AGCCGAACCACAAACACAUGAUUCUGCAAAUCCAAAUUCCAAAACAAUCUCAAUUUCAAGUUCUUUUCAUUCUCAUUCAAGUAAUUCCCCUGCAAAUUGCGAGACUAAAUAGCCAAGCAAAACAACUGAGCAAUCCAGUUCCCAAGUUCCCUUCGAUCCCCGGGAACUUCAUUUCCUUCUUUUCCAUUACUAUCUUCUUCGAGUUUCAUCGGUUUAUUUAAUUUUAAAGGCCUUCUUCCAAACCCCGAAUGGAUCUCUGAUCACUUGAGCAUUUUUCCGAUCGGAAACCUCGGGGUUUCUAGUUUUGAGGGUGGAAAUCUUCUGGGUCUCAAUCUAAUCGACGGCUGUCUGUUUCGAGAUGAAGAAGGUGGUAGUGGGAGCGGGUGUGGUCUGCGCUGUUGCUGUUUGUACGGCGGCGGCUUUGGUGGUGCGGCAGCGGGUGAAGAACUGCGGGAAGUGGAGUCGAGCUAUGGGUAUCUUGAAGGAGUUUGAGGAGAAAUGUGAAACUCCGAUUGAAAAGCUGAAGCAAGUCGCGGAUGCUAUGGCUGUGGAGAUGCAUGCUGGACUCGCAUCUGAGGGCGGAAGUAAGCUCAAGAUGCUUAUUAGCUAUGUGGAUAAUCUUCCCACCGGGGACGAGAAGGGGGUGUUCUACGCAUUAGAUCUUGGGGGCACAAACUUCCGUGUGUUGCGUGUGCAGUUGGGAGGAAAGGAAGAACGGGUUGCCAGGAAAGAAUUUGUUGAAGUUUCGAUCCCUCCGCAUUUAAUGACCGGAUCUUCAGAGGCCUUAUUUGGUUUUAUAGCUGAAGCACUUGCAAAAUUUAUUGAAGAAGAAGGUGAUGGCUUCCACCCAGUAUCUGGUAGACAAAGAGAGCUGGGUUUCACAUUUUCUUUCCCGGUUAAACAAACAUCGAUUGCCUCAGGGACACUUAUAAAGUGGACAAAGGGGUUCAACAUCGAGGAUGCUGUUGGGGAAGAUGUGGUAGCAGAAAUAACAAAGGCCAUGGAAAAAAUUGGAUUGGAUAUGCGAGUGGCAGCUUUGGUAAAUGAUACAAUUGGCACAUUAGCUGGAGGCAGAUAUAACAAUGAUAAUGUUAUUGCUGCUGUGAUUCUGGGAACUGGAACAAAUGCAGCGUAUGUCGAGCGAGCACAUGCAAUUCCUAAAUGGCAAGGCCUUCUACCUCAAUCAGGAGAGAUGGUUAUUAACAUGGAAUGGGGUAACUUCCGGUCUUCUCAUCUUCCGCUCACCGAAUAUGAUCAUGCUCUAGAUUUGGAAAGUUUAAACCCUGGGGAACAGAUUUUUGAGAAGAUAAUAUCUGGUAUGUAUCUAGGAGAGAUAGUUCGUAGAGUUCUAUGCAGGAUGGCUGAAGAAGCUGCCUUUUUUGGUGAUGUUGUUCCCCCUAAACUCAAAAAACCUUUCAUUCUCAGGACUCCUGACAUGUCUGCUAUGCAUCACGACACAUCUCCAGACCUGAAAGUUAUCGGAAGCAAGCUGAACGACAUUUUGGAGGUAUCUAACAGCCCCCUCCCGAUGAGAAAAAUCAUUUUUGAGCUAUGCAACAUUGUUGCAACUCGUGGGGCACGCUUAUCGGCUGCUGGGAUUUACGGGAUUAUCAGGAAAUUGGGAAGAGACACCCCGAGAGAUGGGGAUAACCAGAAAUCUGUCAUAGCUGUGGAUGGAGGGUUAUUUGAGCAUUACACGAAAUUUAGAAACACCUUAGAGAGUACACUCAAGGAAUUACUGGGAGAUGAAAUUGCCGAGAACUUUGUGAUCGAGCUCUCGAACGAUGGCUCUGGCAUUGGAGCAGCCCUCCUCGCAGCAUCACACUCCCAGUAUCUUGGGGUAGAGGAGUCCUGAAAAAAGGAGUCCAAUGCCAGCCAAGAGCAUAUUGCUUUCCUGCAAUGGAUCAAUUAUGUGUUAGAGUUGCCUGCAAAAGACUCGCAACAAAUUGAAGUGGCUCCCUAUCCUUGUGGUGUUGAAGCCGAUGUUGAUGUCGUUGGGGCACAAGUCCUUUCCUUUGACAUGGUUAAUAAAUGAGGACCCCAUCGUCUCCGAUGAAAUCAUCCUUCUGGAGUUCCUUUGUCGAAUAAAUUAGGACCAUAUGUUGUUUCUUCAAGCUCUUGAAAUUCUCCUUUCGAAUUAGAUCAAUCCAUCAACAGAUGAUAGCAACUGUCAUCAAGCAUACAAAUAAAAAAGAUUUCGUUUUUAUUGUUC